CUUGAAACCUUCAAACUCCUGAAUGCUAACAUCCGACCUGAAUCGAACCAUUCUUUAUACUUGCUAAUGCUUCUUUCCUUCGCCACGUCGCGGCAUCAUCUUCUUUUAGCUACCUAUCAUAUAGAUUUUGACUUGAAGUUUGCAUUUUUUGUUCAAGUUUUUACCUUUAAACGAUCUCUGGAUUGCGAUCCGACACAAACUUUCCUCCCGCGUCCUCAUCUUUAAUAACCCUGAUUCGAGGUCCCUACGUCCAACAAUGGCGAGGCAUCUUUCCGUCGUUGUCAUCCUUGCGGUCGCGGCUUUCUUAGUUUUGUCUUUUAUGACGUCUUUCGGCGACAAAACCGAGCAAAUAAGACAGGUGGUCCCUGCGGUAGGGUUAGCCGAACGGCCAUUAGGUGCUUCGGGUACCAUCGCGCCAGAUACAAAAGGAGGCUCGAAAAUAGAAACGAAGGUAGACACGGUCCCGGAUACAAAAGGAAAAGUAAAAGAAGAUGCGAAGAAAAAUGCCGUCUCGGAUUCCAAAUCCGACUUCCCUUCGUUGUCGAGCGGAUUCUUGUCAGGAGACGCAAUUGCUCCAAAGCUUGAAAACGCCACCAUCAAAGCUGAACUCGGCCGUUCGACCUGGAAAUUCUUCCAUACGAUGAUGGCGCGAUUCCCCGAAAAGCCCACCGAAGACGAUUCUCUCGCGCUCAAGACGUUCAUCCAGCUAUUCGCGCGCCUGUAUCCGUGCGGCGACUGCGCGCGGCAUUUCCAGAAGCUCCUCGCCCAGUAUCCGCCUCAGGUCAGUUCACGCGGCGCGGCGGCGGGGUGGGCGUGCUUCGUGCACAACCAGGUCAACGAGAGGCUCAAGAAGCCUAUCUUCGACUGUACUCCUCAGAACCUCGGGGCCGUCUACGACUGCGGUUGCGGAGAUGACAAAAAGGAGGGCUCGGAGAGCAUAGGGGAACUAAAGUUGGAGAAAGAAGGAUUGACCAAGGGUGGAUAAUUGUAUUAGUUCCUUACCUACCUACCUCCUACCUACCUAUACAAUACCUAGGUACCUAUCAUUACUUUACAUUUAGAAGCAUAGCGAUUGGAGUUUUGGGGAAUUGUUCUCGAUUUUGGAAUGGGAGACAAAAUAUUAGGUACUUUUUAUAUUGGCUCUCUCUCCUGGCAUGAAGAGGGACGCUGGAAAAGCUAUCUACAUAGAUCUUAUAUUGUUCUUGGCUGUAGUUCAUAUUCUCUCGCAUGGUCUAGAAUAGUAAUCUGUUUUUUCUACUAUUACACCAAGAACCUGUAAAAUCCUAGGCGAAAAACAUCCCAGAAUGACGGGAUCUCGUAUGAAUGUACGAAGUACGUCAGGUAUAUGCAGGUACACGGAC